AUGUGUUCAGAUAUUGCAAUCGACGAACUGAUGGAUGAUCUGGACGCCGAUAAGUCCGGAAAAGUGAGCGCCCAGGAACUUCUUCACGCUCUCAGUGGAUCAGGCCUCGACAUAGACUCCGUCAAGGAUUUCAUUGCCUCCAUUGACAAGGACGGUGAUGGCCAGCUUGAUCGGAACGAACUGCGAGCCUUUUUCAGAGAACUAGGAUACUAA